UCGCACGCUCUCCUGCUACAACACGCAAUUGUUAUAUUUUUCACGGGUUUUUUUCUACACAAUCGGAACAGUUAGUUAAUGACGGGCAGUUAUGAUGGAGGUCCAGACGGUUUUGGAGAAUCCGGCCAAUUUUCAAAAUUUCAAGGCUGACCAGGAACUCCUUAAGGAUUCCAAUGUUGACAUCGGUUCCAGUCCAAUAGCGGCACCUGCUCUCCACAAUAAUCUCGUGGGCAAUCUGUCGCAGCUCACGGACAAUCUAAUUUUAAGUUCGGCUUCGUCCAUCAAUCCGGGCGUCCUGCAGGCGCUCAACAUCGUUUGCAUUGUGAAUGUGGCGCCCGAGUUGCCCGACACACCCUGUCACGACGACGGUGUCGUUUACCACAAGAUCUCCGUUCUGGACACGGGAAGUUCCAGGUUACUGCCCUACUUCAGUGAAGCUGCCGAUCUCAUUCAUGAGGUUUCUUGUUCUGGUGGACGAACACUGGUCUAUUGUGUAGCUGGUGUGAGUAGGUCUGCAAGUAUCUGCAUAGCAUACUUCAUGAAGCACCAUCAACUUUCCCUUUUGGAAGCGUACAAUUAUGUGAAGCUGAAGAGGCCAAGAAUUAAACCUAAUUGUGGAUUUUUCAAGCAACUAAUUGAAUAUGAGAAGCAGCUUUAUGGAUGCAAUACUGUACAUAUGGUGUUCAAUGAAUUCGUCCAAAUGGAAAUACCAGAUGUCUAUGAUAGUGAAUACAAGUUAAUCAGCCAUUUUACGAAGAAGAGGAGAAUGUCUAGAGAUGCUGGUCACUGAAGUUGACAAGAAAGUAGAAUAAACCGACUGAGUAUCAAAUAACAUUUAUAUUUUAUUCUAAAAUAGAAUAAAAGUCUAAGCUUGUCUAAUAUUUAGAUGAAAUUAGCUUAUACGUAUUUUAGAUGUAUUAUAAUAUUGCUUUAUCAUUUUUUUUUGUUUUUUUCUUGUACACAAAACUUAUAAACCACAUUAAUAUAAUUAUCAUAGCUUAAGAAUAAAGUGUAAAAGAAAAUUUGUACUGAUAUACAAAAAUGUUGAUUUCUUUUUCACAAGAUUGUUGUUUUUGACAAUUGAAGAAAAAUCAACAUUUUUCUAGUGAUUUAUUUAUUACAUGUAGUGUAAAUAUGUAAGCAUAUUCCAAAUGAAGCAUUUUUAAAUUAAAUAAUUUUUAUGUUUAUGAAAUUUUUAUAUGCAUUUAUGUUUUUGUAAUUUUUGAAUUAAGUUUGUGUAUAUUUAUUUAUAUGUUUUAUUAUUGGGGACCAAUUAAACCAUUAAUAAAUCAAUAAACUUUUAUU